UAGGAAGUGACCGAUCUCUAUUAAAUUAGAUACUCAACAACUACUGCAAGUGCCUCGCAGGCAAUAUGCUAAGAUUCAUUUAACAGCAUGUUUCAGGCCAGAGCGGUGAAAGUGAUUGUCUUUUGCAUUUAUCUGCUCGUUUCCGAUAUUCAAGUAACAUCGUGUCACCGUCAUGGCCAAGUCACGAAUAUCGGCACGGGAGAAGAUGCGGAUUUGGCUCAGAAUAGCCAAGUAGGUGAAGUAAUUAAGAGACGGAAAAGGUUUGUAUCUGACGCCGUGGAUGUACAUUCAAGAGAUGGUGACAAAAAUUUUGAUGACUAUGACUAUUACGAAGAAUCAUAUGGAAAACCAGGUACAGUGAAAUCCCCCAACGGCGAUAGUGAUGUUGAGGAAACCGAAAAAUCCCGACCUAAAGCCUCAACUGAAGAGACGUUUGAUUUUGCGGUGAACUACAAAACAGUUGAAACACCAGCAAGGACACACACAUCUCAAUCACCCGCUGCUUCGUCCAGAUCAACACUUCAGUUCGUGACCCCAGUCGCGAAAAAUCUUGGAGACUGCUGUCACCUGUUGAGAAGUGGCUGGUAUCAGGAAUUCAAGCGCUGCGUUGGAGGUCGCUGUCUGCAUGCGAACACCUGCGAAGGGCCGGAGAUUUUAACGCAUUGUUUUUUCGACGGCCAGUAUUAUUCCGUAAAUGCAACUGCACACAUCGACAAACAAAAGUGUUUCCUGAUAUCCUGCACCAAGGCUGACGGGAAGGAUCCACCUUCAUCCAACGUGGUUGAUUUUGGAGUUGGAUGCUGCGAAAAAUCCGAGAAGUUACACAGGCACGGCGAGAGGCUCCGGGACUACACCUGCGUCCAUGGAAAGUGGAUACUAAGGGAGCCACAUACCUCACCUAGCACUCCUCAGAAUGCUACAACUCACCUUCCACCUACUUCAGCAGAGCCUCAGACUCCAACCACACAAAAUGACAUUAAACGGUCAUCGGUUUCGUCAACAAUGAAGACAUCUGAAAAGUCAACUCAUUUAUCAACCACUCAUCCAGACCAAUCAUCGCACGUCACAGAAACUCCACAACAUUUGACUCAAACAAAAAUGGCUUCAGAAACGCCCGUGGAAGCAAAGACGAUUAUGUUCACGGGACCAACCAUCCCUUCAGAAGCUCAUCUCUCACAUUCCACGGCAAAGGACCGCACAGUUGAUCUAAAGGAGAUAACAGAAAGUCUGAUUACAUCAGGGUAUCAAACGCAGACUCAUAUCUCAUCCGAAUCCCCAGGAACAAUGGCUGUCACUGAACUAGCGAUGGUGACGGUAGAAUCUUCUAAGACAUCUAGCGAGUCACAACCAUCGACAGCAGGCAGCCCAGUAUCAGAACAACCCGCUACCACGGCCAGCACACGCGGUCGAAACCUGACCUCUGAGGAGCAUUUCACACCGCCAUCAACAGAAAGUCCUACUGUUGAGCGUACCACGACACUGCGUCCCAGAGCUUCAGAACAAACCAUUGGAUUAGCAGCCGAAAGUACGGAACAUGCGUUAGAUGCUUCAGUAAGUUAUGCAAGCACGCAUGCUGAAAGUGCAACGAAGACACCAAUGGCACAACAAACGGCUCACCCGACCAGCGCAAAAGAUCAAAGCCUAGCACCAGAACGUAGCUCUGUACCCGCCAGCUUUACAGGCACGCAAGCAGAAAGUGCAACACACCUACCCGCAUCACAACAAUCGGUUGGCACCACCAGUUCACCUAAACUAAGCCAGGCAACAGAAGAAUUUUCCACACCUACCAGCUUGGAGUAUACUCAAAACACGGCCCAGCAUAUAUCACUUGGGGGCACCUCUGAUAUUGAGACUAGAACAGCUACAACACAUACAACUGUACCAGACACAGAUGCUAUAAAGCAUACUUCGCAUGCUUCAACGGCCUAUACAGGCACGCCUGCCGAGAGCACAGCAUAUGAAUCUGUCACACGGCAAUCACCCAGCACAGAUAGCAAGCACAAGCAGGUCUCAACCGAAAAACAUUCCUUGUCGCCAUCACCAGAAAGCCCUGUUGUCAUGAAAACUACCACAGUACUCCAUGGCGAAAGUUCUGAAGAAACCGCUGAACCAGCAACAGGACCGACAGUCCAAGUUCCGCGUGUCUCAGAAGUCCAUACAAGCAGACGUCCGGAAACUACGACACAAAUACCUAUAUCAAGACAAUCUACUACCAUGGCUAGCACACAUAAAGAGAGCCUGAUAACGAAAGAACAUCAUGUAUCUACGGUAUCUGAAAGCCCUUCUGCUACUGAAACAACUAUAGGGAUUCAUCCCAAAAGCUCAGAACAAACUACUGCACCAUCAUCAUUCCCCAUGGAGUAUACUUCAAGCGCUUCGGUGACUUCUGCAAUCACGCAAACUGGAAGCACAACAUACCCGCCUGGGUCACCACAAACGGCCCAGGCCGGUUAGCGCACAUGAGC